UUUUUUUUUUUUUUUAAAUUUGGUUUUCACCCGUGGAUAACGACCGAGAGGAGCCGGGGGGGUGGGGUGGGGGGAACCCGGUCCCGGCGGGGAGGAGGAGGUGAUGCAGACGCCGCGGGAUCAGCGCUCACGGAGCCGGCACCGAGCGCAGCGCCCACCGCAUCCAACUCCCCUGCAGCGCAGGAUGGAACCGCUGGCAUCCUGCCUGCGCCUGUGGCUCCUCUUACAGCUCCCUGCCCUGGUCUCCGGGACUCGCGUGGUCUACAAAGUGCAGGAGGAACAGCCCCCCAACACCCGCAUAGGGAGCCUGGCCUCCGACUACGGCUUCCCAGAUGUGGGGCAUCUCUACAAGCUGGAGGUGGGGGCCCCCUACCUACGUGUGGAAGGCAAGACUGGAGACAUCUACACCACAGAGACCUCCAUCGACCGGGAGAGCUUGCGUGAGUGCCAGCACCUCCUGCCCGGAGAGCCCUGCUUCCUGGAGUUUGAAGUGUCCAUCACCGACCUGAUCUUGAACAGCAGCCCCCGCCUGCUUGAGGGGCAGAUAGAGGUGCUCGAUAUCAAUGACAACACCCCCAACUUUGCCUCGCCUGUUCUCACCCUCUCCAUCCCUGAAAACACCAACCUCGGGACGCUGUUCCCCAUCCCCCUGGCCAUGGACCGGGACUCGGGUCCCAACGGUGUUGCCUCCUACGAGCUGACGGCAGGUCCGGAGGCACAGGAGCUCUUUGGGUUGCAAGUGGCAGAGGAUCAGGACGAGAAGCAGCCGCAGCUGAUUGUGAUGGGGAACCUGGACCGGGAGCAGUGGGACUCUUACGAUCUGACCAUCAAGGUGCAGGAUGGGGGCAACCCACCGCGGGCCAGCAGCGCCCUGCUGCGCAUCACCAUCCUGGACAUGAACGACAACGCGCCCAAGUUCGAGAAGGCCCUGUAUGAGGCAGAGCUCUCUGAAAACAGCCCCGUGGGGCACUCUGUCCUUCAGGUGAAGGCCAACGACUCGGACCAGGGCGCCAACGCCGAGAUCGAUUACUCCUUCCACCAGGCCUCGGACAUGGUGCGUCGGCUGCUGCGCCUGGACCGCGCCACGGGGCUCAUCACCGUCCAGGGGCCCAUCGACCGCGAGGACGUCGGCACCCUCAAGUUCUCCGUCAUGGCCAAGGACAAGGGUGCCAACCCCAAGAGCGCCCGCACCCAGGUGGUGGUCACGGUCAAGGACAUGAACGACAACGCGCCCUCCAUAGAGAUCCGGGGCAUUGGGCUCGUCACCCACCAGGAUGGCAUGGCGAACAUCUCGGAGGACGUGCCAGUAGAGACAGCAGUGGCUCUGGUGCAAGUGUCCGACCGAGAUGAGGGCGAAAACGCCGUGGUGACCUGUGUGGUGGCUGGCGACGUCCCGUUCCAGCUGCGGCAGGCGAGUGAAACGGGGAGUGACAGCAAGAAGAAGUACUUCCUGCAGACCACCACGCCGCUGGACUAUGAGUCGGUGAAGGAGUACACUAUUGAGAUUGUGGCAGUGGACUCAGGGAACCCGCCCCUCUCCAGCACCAACUCCUUGAAGGUGCAGGUGGUGGACGUGAAUGACAACGCGCCUGUCUUCAGCCAGAGCUUCACCGAGGUAGCCUUUCCUGAGAACAAUGAGCCUGAUGACCUGGUGAUGGAGGUGAGUGCCACUGAUGCCGACAGCGGCUCCAACGCCCAGCUGGUUUAUUCCCUGGUGACGGACCCUUCCUCCAAGGGCUCCUUCAGCAUUGACCCUGACUCUGGGGAGAUCCGGGUGAAGGCGGUGCUGGACCGAGAGCAGCGGGAGCGCUACGAGUUCUUGGUGGUGGCAGCAGACAAGGGCAGCCCCACCCUCAAGGGCACAGCAUCUGUGGCCAUCAACGUCAUGGACCGGAAUGACAACGACCCCAAAUUCAUGCUGAGCGGCUACAACUUCUCAGUGAUGGAGAACAUGCCACCUCUCAGCCCUGUGGGCAUGGUGACGGUGAUCGAUGCUGACAAAGGAGAAAACGCCCGCAUCCAGCUGUCGGUGGAGCAAGACAACGGGGAUUUUGUCAUCCAGAAUGGCACUGGCACCAUCCUCUCCAGCAUCUCUUUCGACCGGGAGCAGCAGAGCACGUACACUUUCCGACUCAAGGCGGUGGAUGGUGGGGAUCCUCCCAGGUCUGCCUACGUGGGGGUGACCAUCAACGUCUUGGAUGAGAACGAUAAUGCCCCCUUCAUCACUUCACCCUCCAAUGCCACCUACAAACACAUCCUGCCCCACACCAGCCCUGGACAGCAGGUGAGCAAGGUCAAGGCGGAGGACAUCGACUCCGGGGUCAACGCAGAGCUGAUCUACAGCAUCACAGGAGGCAACCCCUUCGAGCUCUUCCAGAUCUCCCCGCACAGCGGAGACAUCACCCUGGAGAAGGAGAUCCUGCGCAAGCACCACGGCCUGCACCGCUUGGUCGUGCGAGUCAACGACAAGGGCAAGCCCUCGCGGCACGGCACGGCGCUGGUGCACUUCUACGUCAACGAGACGCUGGCCAACCGCACGCUGCUGGACACGCUGGUGGGCCACAGCCUGGACACGCCGCUCGACAUCGACAUCGCCGGAGACCCCGAGUACGAGCGCAGCAAACAGCGAAGCAACAUCCUCUUCGGAGUCAUCGCCGGCAUCGUGGCCGUCACCCUGGUCAUCGUGCUGGUCGUUCUGGUGCGUUACUGCCGGCAGCGGGAGGCCAAGAGUGGUUACCAGGCAGGCAAGAAGGAGACCAAGGAUCUGUACACGCCCAAGCAGGCCAGCAAGAGUGGUAAGAGCAAGAGCAAGGUGAAGAAGAGCAAGUCUCCGAAGCCGCCCAAGCCCACAGAGGACGAGGAGGAAACGGGGCUGCAGAAAUCACUCAAGUUCAACCUCAUGAAUGACUCUGUCAGUGACAGUCCCCGAAUCCACCUGCCCCUCAACUACCCCCCGGGCAGCCCAGACCUGGGUCGCCACUACCGCUCCAACUCGCCGCUGCCCUCCAUCCAGCUCCAGCCUCAGUCACCCUCGGCCUCCAAGAAGCACCAAGUGGUGCAGGACCUGCCGGCCACCAACACCUUUGUUGGCACCGGGGACAACAACUCGACGGGCUCCGAGCAGUACUCGGACUACAGCUACCGCACCAACCCCCAGAAAUACACCAACAAGCAGUUACCUCAUCGCCGAGUGACGUUCUCUGCAGCCAGCCAGGCUCAGGACCUGCAGGAUCCUUCCCAGCACAGCUACUACGACAGCGGGCUGGAGGAAUCGGAGACCCCCAGCAGCAAAUCCUCCUCGGGACCCCGCAUCGGGCCCCUGGCCCUGCCCGAGGACCAUUACGAGCGCACCACGCCCGACGGCAGCAUCGGGGAGAUGGAGCACCCCGAGAACGGAGUGCUCAGGUGCACUGUUGAAAUCCCCCAUGAAGAGCAAUAAUACUCUUAGAGGAGCCCUUGCAAGUGGCUGCAACAGGAUGUGUUCCUGCCCUGCGUGGGGAGAGAGAGAGAAAUAAUGAGCAGCAGCACCAAUAUGUGCCUCUUCCCAGAGGAGACAGCCUGGCCUCAUCUCCUGCACAGAGCGCAGAGGUGCCCUGGAUGUCAGGAGCCAAGAAAAGCCAUGGAGAACAGAGCAGGGGCUGGAGAGAGCUUCCCCUGCUCCAGCCAGGAGUGCCCUGGUGCAUCCCUGAAUGCCUCUUGGUGCAAAGCCCCCCUCCACACCGUGCCCCCUUUUCAUCUGGAAAAAGUUCCAAGGGAUGGAGGCAGUAAAACCUGGAUUUGUUCCCGUGUGAGGAGCCCGGGCAGAUAACAAGAAUAUCCAGAUAAAUGCAAAGCUACAGAAAGGAGGGAGCCAGAAAGCUGUGAGGGCUGUGAACACCCCGAGCAGCCCUCCCCGGUUGUGGAGCUCAGGCUCCUGGUGUGGAAAUGGGAAUAAGGGGAUGGGCCCAGCCCUCUGGAGAUGGCAAAGCUCAGGGACACACCAAAGGCUGCACAGAUGUGGCUUGAGCUUCACGUGGCCAGGAUGCUGUGGAGGAAUGAGAUGCUGGAGGGGGCCUGGCCAUCUCUGUGGUGGAACUUGGGCACCUUGCAGGGGGUGAGAGGCACAAAACUGUGUUCCUGGGGUGGAGGAAAGAUCUGAGAUCCUGAGUGCACCUUGCAAGGUGAAGCAGGCACCUGGACCUCAGGGUGAGGUUUGGGUUCAGCCUUCUCACCACUCCAGAGGGCACCCAGGAGCAGCUCACGGGCAACAUUCCACCCCCCAGGAAGGAUUUCUGCUUGUCUGUGGUGGCACAUGGAAGUCUCUGGCCCACCAGCGGGCGUUGAGAAUUAGGCCACAGGGUCGUGUUUGCUCUAAAUCACAGCUAUUCAAGACUGACACCCUGCCCUGUUCCCGGGCUCUUGAAGCAGAGCUGGUUGUGCUCAUGGCACAUAAUACUCCCCUUUAGUAGCAGGGCUCUGAUGCCAGCAGCUCGCUGCAAGUGGAGGGACAACGCUGGAAAAAGCCUUCGGUGCCAGGAGCAGACAAUGGGAAAAGCAGAAUAAAAGCCCCUGAACACAGAGUUCCUGCUUGAUCCUGAGCUUUCUGAGCUGCCCUUGGCACAAGAAAGUCCCCAGAGCUUGGUUCCCUGGAGAGGUAGCUUUUAUUUUGGUCCUGCCAGUACCCUCUGGAGGUUCAGCAAAGCACCUUCUGCUGGAGCAAGAGGAGGUGACGCCCACUCACCCCCCACCCUGGGGACUCACAGCACCGAGGAACUGGGGGAAGGGGAAGUGAUGCUGAGCCCUCCCCUUCAUCUGGGGGGGAAGCAGAUGAGAGAGAGACAGUGAUCUUGCACCUCGAGGUGAAAAAACAGCAGAACUCCACCUCAACAUGACCAAGCCGGUGGCCACCGAGGCGUCCUGGGGUGCUGAGAGGAAGACUUGGUGGAUCAUCACAGGCUCCAGCCUCCUGACUUGCACAAAGUAGAGAUGAAAAUUGAGCUGCCUUGCCUCUGGUUUCGUUUCUUGCUUUCUAUCUGUAGCCAGGAGAAAGAAAUGAGGCAGCUUUCCACAUGCUCAGGAAAUAGGACAGUUGGCCUGUGUCCAGCCCUGGGAAUGACCCCACAGACAAGCUGUGCUGUCACACAGGCCUGGGUGGGCAUCUUGUCCCCUGCCAUGCUUGGCCUCCUGCUUUUGCAUCCUGCAGCAUAAGCAUGGCUGUCCCCUGCCCCCCAAGUUGGUUUGAGGGUGCUGGUCUGGGGUGCCCCAACACCUCGGUGCUCAUCCACCCAUCUGUGUACCCAGCCCUGCGCCCUCCAGACAGAGUGGCUUGGGGGUGGGCACCAGCCUGGGGGAUUCCAGCUUUGCCUCAGGUGCCUGUGUGAGUCCUGCAAGGGUCAGCGGGUGCCAGGGAAAAUAAGAUAAGGCUGGAGAAGCUAGUGAGAGAUGAGCAGUGGUGGCCAAGCAGCCUCAAGGAGGCAAGAGCAGGACGAGGAGAGGCUGAGGGUCUCCUGAGGGCAGUGGGUACCCAAGGGAUGCUGAGGGGCUCGGCACGAUGUGAUGGGGAGGCUGAAGGGUCCAG